CAAAUCACGCAUGCGCUGUCAACAAAAUUUUAAAUGUGGCAGCCUUUUCAGGUUCGCCGAAAUGCCCAAAUUUUUAAGUUAAAAUUAAUCAAAAAGUAAACACUGUGCAUCAUGUUUUUGAGUGACGUGCUUAAAAAGGAAGCAUGUAGAAAGGAAGCUUUACAAGAACUCCAAAGACUAAAAGUUAAAACCAGAAUCAGGAAAGCCAAACCAGAUGUUAAAUCUACUGCGAAGACUUUUAAAGCGCCUCUAGGGGCUCUUCCGACAGAAAUAGUCACUUUAAAAACCGGCCAGCAAAUUGCUAUCCCCAAACUAAUCCAUCAAAUGUGUUCGUUUAUUUUAACCAAAGUUACUACUGAGGGGUUAUUUAGAAAAGAAGGGUCUAAAGCUCGACAAGGCGAAAUGAAGUCAGUAAUUGAAGGAGGCGGGAGUUUCGACCGGAACGUUCAAGUUAUUGAUCUUGCUGCUCUUUUGAAAACGUUUUUAAGAGAGAUGCCGGAGCCCGUUAUACCCACCACUCAUCACGAACUUUUUCUCCGAUGUACUUUAGAAGACGUUGGUGAGUCUGAGACUGAAGCUUUGCUACUGGCGUGCCUUCUUUUGCCGAUAGUACAUCUUAACACUUUGGCCUAUUUGCUACAGUUUUUAAAUGCAGUCGCCGAAAACUCCAAUAAAAAUAAAAUGAAUGCUUACAACCUUGCAGUGGUGAUCAGCCCUGCUAUUUUUCCUGUUGAUGAUAAAUUAUCACCUACCACUAUACAGCUAAGAACAACAAAAGUAUGUGAAAUCGUGCAGAAACUGAUAGAGAACGCAUUUGACGUUGGGGUUUUACCCGAACGCAUAGUUGAGCGUGUGGGCGCCACUACUUCUGCUGAGGAUGGAAAAAAGAAAAAACGCCGCAGUGGAUCUUUAACAAGGAUGUUUAACGGCCUCAAGAAAAUCGUAGGUGGGAAAUCUCUUGAAGAAAACCAUACUGUAGUAACGCCAGAUCUGUUACUCACUCCUAUAAACAACAAUGUUGUGAAGAAACGGCGGCUCCACUCAAACGGAAUUUCAAACAAAAAGAAAAAAGAGUUGCUGAAUCAGCUGCCUGAAAAUGUGUUGCUAAAUACUCCAUUUACACCUUGUCGCACUCCAGUUAGCAUGAAUUUGAGUGGUGCGCAAGGAAACCAUUUGAAAGACUCAAAUGAACUAAUCAAACUGAAGAAAUCACAAUGGUUUUCAAGAAGUCGCAGUUUGAAAAACUUAAAACAAGAAACUGAAGCUUGUAAAAAAAGCGCGAACACAAAAGCUGUCCUGGAACGCCGAUGGUCGGCUAUUAAUCCCUCAAAUCACAUCAAGAAAGCGAAAAAAAGAAAUUCUUUCGCAGCAACGUCCCAAAAAGACGCCACAAACCCCGAAGAGCCUGAUUAUAUCAGAGUGUCAAAAAUAGAGUAUGAAGCUAUCAAAAAUCGUGUCUCUGCGAUGGAGCGACGAAUCUCAAUGGAAUUAGAAAAUGUGCAAUCUCAAAUUAAAACAGAAAACGAAAACAACACUAACGAAGAAGUUGACGUUAAUAUACAAAACGUACAGACGGUAUAUGAACAAACUUUAGUACAGUCGGCGCAAUUAAGCCCCACCACUGAUCAAUUAGCGAGAAGAUUGAGCCGAGAACUGAAAAUACGACGAAGCGCGGAGCAGAAGAUAAUCCGAUCUCCGAGUGCGCGCAAAAUUGGAAGCAUGAGGCGAAAAUCGAAAGAACUUGAAAAAAACAACGUCAAGAUAACGAGGCACCAGUCGUGGCAUGUGGUUUCUAGGGGGUCUAUACCGAGGGUUAGUCUGAAAAGGGGUAAACCUAAUACAGUUUCAAACGGCCUGCCCGCUAACAAAAUUGAGGACGAAGUUUUAGAAAAUAAAGAAAUUAGAGCGCGGUCCUCGUCUGUAGGAGAGCAAAAAGUGAAAAAUGUGUCUUGUAAUUUGUCAGGUAGCUCGAGCGAUACAUGGGUCAGUGCCGAGGGCUUUUUUACGACUUUGAAGUCUGGCAAUGAUUCAAGUAACGGUAAUGGUAGAGCCUCACUAGCGCGCUUGAGGAACCAAAACGCCGGAAUGGUGCUAGCGAAAGCAAAAUUAUUUGAUAAAAUGUCGGACUCAGAGAGUUCUAACAGUUUCACCAGAAGUUUGCCGCGCGCUAAAGUGGGCACAAAAAUUGGUUCUUCGCGCAAUAUUGACUCAAGACUUUCUUAUAGGGUGAGAAGUCUGAAGUAUGAGGAGAGGAGGAUUGGCAAGAAAAGUAUGUCGCCGAGAAGACGUAACGGGCAUUUAUCGCAAAAACACAAAUUACAAAUCGCUAAACAAUAUUUCAACUCUAGUGGUGAAGGAAACAGUGAUAAGGAGAAUAUUCCAGAUAAUUUUAACACUGUGGAGAAGAAGAGGAUUCUACAUUUAAGGGAGAACAAUGUUGAGAAUCAGAAGUUUUCCUCUCCGAAAUAUUCAACUCCUAGAGUUCCUCCUCACAUCAAGAAAUCUCUUAACGUGAAGUCCCCUAAACGGCUUUGCCGUACCCCUGUGGGGGUGGAGCGUGGUACGCCUCUCAGGGUGCUGAAAACUCCACUACAAAGUAACAUAUAAGUGUGUUUAGAUAUUUUUUAUAUAUUGAUUUUUUUUAUGUUCUUUGCGAAUAAAAUCGUCUAUAAGUCA